AUUUAUUAUUUGUUUUUAACUGUUUUGUAGGUCAGCUCUCAAAAUGAGCACACUCCCAACACCUCUGUAAUCUGGACGAAUCGAUGUGACCAGCAGAAAUGUGGCAAGCCAGUGGAAAUUCUUGAGCGUAUGGCAGUGGAAAAUCAUAUUUUUCACAAAACCUGUUUUGUUUGUGCUAUAUGCAAUUCUUGGUUGAACCACUUCAACUAUUGCUAUGUUCCUGAUCAUGACAAGUUCUACUGCACCCAGCACUAUCAGGACAUAGAGAACGCCAGCUUUGGUUUGGGAGAGGAUAUUCGGCAUGCUAUGGGGAUUGGACCAGGGGUACAACAACAGUUCAAAUUUACACCAGAUGCUGUGGAUGGUACAAGAGAAACUAAAGGUGCCAGUAAGGUGCAGAAUUCUAUCAGGAUUAUGAAAGAAAAAAUAUCACUGCUCAGCAAACGAGGAAAGAAACUGGUGAAGAAAGAGAAGAAGCUCAAAUCACAGCUUGACAAGUUUAAAGGCCCUGAUGCAGAAAAGCAGACAUUAUGGGUGGAGUGGUUUAGUGCUGUACAGGAUAAGAAUAGCACUGUACGAAGAGAAACUGAACUUUCAUUUAAGGUCAGAGAGUUGGAACUGGAAGAAAAAUAUUCUGAGUUGGAGAAAAAGCUGCGACAACUAGCAGAGAAGGAUGAAAAGAUAAAGACUGAGUAUGACAAGUCUAAAGAAAAGGAAUUGUUACAAGAAAUGCUUGAGGUUGUCGAGAAAAGAGAGCAACUAAUAUCUGAUGUGGAGGAUGCCAAAAAAAGGUAUGCUGAAGAAGACAAAGAGAUAGAAAGGGAGAGAAGAGAAGCAGGACUCAAUGAUCCUGACAUAAUAAAGGAGGUAACUGCUGUUGGAAAGGAAGUCCAGCAAGUGUCACAAGCUGUCCAGCAGGCUCCAAGUGCUGUCAAAAAGCAAACAGAGUGCUGUAUUUUGCUCUAGUACUGAUUAAGAAAUUAAACAACAUGUUGAAAGGCAAAUAUAGUAAAUGGGUCAAAGUUCGUCAGUGUUGUAUUGUAGUAAGGUAAAGCAUAAAAAUAUGUUAAUAUAUAUUUGUUUAAAAGAAAGUAAAACAGCAUACUCAUUCAAGGUAUGGUGAAGUUCCCAAAGUCACAGUUCCCCAAAAGAAGCAACAUUCUAAAAGUAACAACCAACUUUUUAUGAGAAAGAAUGCAAAUAUAAGAUUCUACAAGCUGAACCAAAAUGACCCCUAUGACAGGCAAUAAUUUAUAUUACCUUGUUAGGUUGGACCUAAAUUCUUUUCAAGAAGAUUACCCAUUUAUACAAGGUCUCUAUAUUUAUUUGAAGCCAUCCCUGGGAUCAGCCCACCUUGCUAACUAAAAGAAGUGACCCUUAAAAGGUUGCAGAGGAAUCAAUAGGAAGAGGAUUGUAAAUCUGAAAGUAACAAGGUUUGGGACUUUGUGCCAACCAACAUACGUACAUAGUUAUACAUACACAUACAUAUCCUUUAUUAAAAGUGUCUAGACGUUCUAGCGCCCAUGGCACUUAUUGGGGACACAGAUAAAAUACAAUCUUAUAAACAAAUAUUUCAAAAAAUAAAACUUAAAAACUUUUUAAAAAAUCAUUGCUUACAGCAUUUUUACAUACCAUGUGUAAAACAACAGAAAAGUUAAGCUGUUUUGGUUCUAGUAAUGUCCUUGCAUAAUUUAUGGAAACAUAUGAUCCUUAUGCUGCUGUUUGAGUAAGCCUUUCAGUAAAUACUCCCUUUUUCUAAAAGCAGGUCACCUAUAACUUUUACAUGCAUGUUUUUUUAAACCUUACACAUACUACUGAUAAUAAUAAUACAUUUAUAUAGCGCUAUUUCCUAGUGGUUCAACAGCGCUUACAUUCCCUUCUUCCUCUGGACAAUGUGAUUGUAUUUAUUUUGGAGAGGAGGGAGGAACAAGAGGCCUUAACCUUGUUACCACAAAUUUCACUCCAUUUCUGAUCAAUAUCUUCCCUAGCUGUGCCAGCAAAUGGCACAAUAGAAAACCGUUAUCCUGAAUGAUGCUUAUCUGAAAAAUGCCAGAUGUUGAGAAAUUUUUAUGAAGAAAAUAAUUUUAAGCUACAGAUGGGCUACUUUUAUUAGGAAUAUCAACUAUAAUAUGGAAAAUAUGCAUGCCACAGAUUGGUAAAGUCUUACAUGAAAAAAAUACCCGCCUUGUAUAGCUCGGCUACUUUUAUGAAAAAUGUUAGCUAUGUUAGGUUAAUAAGUCAGAUUAGUUGUGAGGUAGGCUUAUUUAACUUUUAUCCUUUAGAAACAGUUCUUAUCAUUUACACAGCAGCUAAGUUGUGAGGUGUGUCAACUAUAACAAUAAAAUUUAAGAGUA